GGCGAUGUUUUUUACAAAUACAAAUACAAAAGAAAAUAAGCCAUCACCGAGCGAAAUUGUGUUUUGUGCAGAGUGCAAAGGGUAAAUAUCGCCCACUCAUUUGAAAAAAGCAACCACAAGUGCAAGGAUACGGAUUUGUGCGAAAAGAAAAAAAUUUCUCCGUUGUUGACGUCGCCGUGUCAUCGUCUUGUGAUCCCCCAAAAAGAAAGUCGUAAAACAUAGAAAACUAGCUGGGGAGAGGAGUCUCACACACACACACACACACUCGCCACACACAUACACACAUAGCGAAUACAACCCACAAACACACAAAGGCGAACUGCAGUGAAGCAACAAAAGAACAACAACAACAACAAACACCUCAGGAGAGAGUCAUUGCAGUGGAGCAGCUUGCUUUGGAGCACUUAAACAGCAAUAAACAUAAACAAAAAACGAUAUAAAUACAAAAAUCUUUAGCUUUCUCGACCGAAACUUCGAGUUCCAAAAGUUUCUGAAUAGAAAAAUAAAAAGCAAAAGUCAAACGCAAAAAAACAAACCAAAAUGAGAAAGCAAAAGGACGAUAUGCAGGUCAAUGUCGCGGGUCUACGUAGAAACAUCAAAAACCUAGCGCACAACUACUCCGAUGCCCAGGUCAAAGUGCGCGAGGCCACCUCCAACGACCCAUGGGGUCCAUCGGCUGCCAUCAUGGGUGAGAUAGCCGAUCUCACCUACAAUGUGGUCGCCUUCUCGGAGAUCAUGCAGAUGAUCUGGAAGCGACUGAACGAUCACGGCAAGAACUGGCGCCACGUCUACAAGGCACUCAUACUACUGGAGUACCUGAUCAAGAUCGGAACGGAGAAGGUGGCCCAGCAGUGCAAGGAGAACAUCUUCGCCAUCCAGACUUUGAGAGACUUUGUCUACUUCGAGGAGGGCAAGGACCAGGGCACCCAUGUCCGGGAGAAGGCCAAGCAGCUGGUUAACCUGCUGAAUGACGACGAGCGACUGAAGAACGAACGGGUGAAGGCCUUGAAGGCCAAGGAGAGAUUCGCCCAGCAUCCGAGUGGCUUCGGCAGCGAUGGCUACAUAGACGGGCCGUCGCAAAGGGACUUGCCGCCAGGCUGGCAGGAAGAGCCGCCCAAAUCCGUCUCUGAGCUGGAAAUGGUGCGACCCCAGACCGCUGGCGAGGAGGAGCUGCAGCUCCAGCUGGCCAUGGCCAUGUCGCGCGAGGAGGCCGAGCAGGAGGAGGCCAAGCGGCGCAGCGACGAUGUGCGCUUGCAGCUGGCCCUCAGCCAGAGCGAGCAGGAUUUCAAGGAUUCUAGUGGACGACCGAUACCUGCGCCCAAGAGGGAGGAGAGAGAGCCACAGAGUCAUCUAAUGGACUUGCUGGACAUUUCGCUGGGCGCCACGAGCAUCUCGAGUCCACCGCUGGGCGCUGCAGGCGGCGCACCGGCGGGCGUGAUCGAUCCUUGGGCUACGUCCGCUCCUAGGGCUCCUAGCCAGCUGUCGGAUCCUUGGUCGGGCACCUCCUCGCCUCAGGUUGAUCCCUGGCAUCCGUCUGCCGCCCCACGCACCAUAAUGAGCGCCGGAGUACCGAUGAACGCUGCUCCCACUCCCAACGAUGCCUGGGGAGUGCGAACUCAGUCGCCGUCUGUGGCCUCGGGCUCCUCCACCGAGGGAUGGCUGCAGACCAACGGCAACGCCAACCAGAACGGACGUGGACCGACUCCGGCCGGUGCCCCUGGUGAAGGCAUUGGUUGGUUAACCAAAACAAAUGCUGCUGGAGCUCUGGGCGCUGCGCCUGUCAACAAUGGGACAAACAAUGGCAGUGCGUCUGGCGAUCCUUGGCUAGCAGAGCCAGCGACUGGAGGAGCGGCUGCCAUUGCUCCGGCGGAUCCCUGGGUGGCCGGAGGUGGUCCGCAGGUGGGUGCCGGGGCGUUGGAUGAUCCUUGGAAGGCCCUGGGCACAGGCGCCGUUAAGAAACCUUCUCCUGAAUUUGACGAGUUCGACCUGAUCACCAACCGCAACAAGAGUGAACUAAGCAACUACAACGCCUCCAACAACAACAAUGCCUCUUUGCUCGACGAUAUGGACCCGCUGUCGACGAACUACGGAAACGGAACCGGAAAUGGCUCAGUGCAUCCGUCAACGGGAGCCACGGCAAAGAAACCGCUCAAGGAUCCGCACUCCUUCCUCGGCGAGAACUCUGCGUUGGUCAACUUGGACAAUCUGAUCAAGCCAGCUGGAACACAGGCGCCGGCGGGCACCGCACCGGCCUACAAUCCCUUCAGCGACACCGUGAUACCACCCAAGACAAAUCUAUUCCAGCAACAGCAGCCAGCCGUACCGUCCAUUAACCAGCUGAAACAACAGGCGCCCUUCGCCGUCAACAUGAACCAGGAUCCCUGGGCUCCUGUCAUGGGUGGCGUGAGUGCGACCAACCAGCCAAAACUUCCGCACCCAGUGCGUCCAACUAGCCUCAACUUGGGGCCCUCGUCUGCGCCUGCGGGUGAAUUUGAGCUACUGAGUGCGUUUAGUAAUCCCAUCAUUCCCUCCGCCCUGAAUCCCCGCCCACAGCCCAGUUCUCAGGUCAACAACUAUCCGUAUGCCAGCAGCAACGAUGCCAACAUGAAUAGCUCCACCAGUUCCACCAAGAAUGUCUUCGAGUUUGUGAGUCCGAGUCCGGGAAUCGAUGGCAUCCGCAACAUGGACCUAUUCAGCGACCGUUCCUAUUUCAAUAGUCCGACAGCGCCGGCUGAUGAUAACUUUCUGUACUCGGGCAGCAACGACAACAAUAAUUUUGGCGAAACGCGCAGAAACUACGGAGCUUCGGGUCUCUAUUCAAGCUAUGCUGCCUCCUACAGCAGCGCCCUAUCCCAGUCGUUGGCCGAAACGCCUGGGGUGAGCGUGGCUCCCAUUGGCUUUGUGCCCGAUCCUGUCCAGAGUUUUGGUCCAACGUCCUCAUCGGCUGCAUCGGCUCACUGCAAGCUGGAACAAAACAACAACAUGCCGUGGAUUAAACCGGAAGCAGCAACCAAUCCGUUUUUGUCGUAAACUGGAGCCCCAUAAAUCAGAAACAAUGUAAAAGCAGGACCAGGUUCAGCAGCAACAGCAGGAGCAGCAGCAACAGCGGAGGGAACAACGACUAACCAAGACCUGGCUGGGUGUAUGGAGCUGUCCAAUAGCGUUAGAUAAAUAGCAAACAACAGAAACAGCAACCGCAACCAAUUUUAGCUCUAUAUAACUGCGAGGAAAUAUGAAUUAAUUAAUAAAUUAUGUGUAAGGAAGUAUUAUUAAACUGUAAAAUAUGUGAUGUA